AUGGCUUUUUUUAAUUUUUUUUUAGCCAAUUGUGGUGUAUUUGGUCGAAAACGUAAAGCAAUGAAAGAUAAAUAUUUAGCAAAACAUAAUGCUGUAUUUGAUCAACUUGAUUUGGUUACAUAUGAAGAAGUUAUUCGAUUACCUGAAUUUCGUCGAAAAACACUUGUUUUACUUGGUGCACAUGGUGUUGGUCGUCGUCAUAUAAAAAAUACAUUAAUAACAAGUCAACCAAAAUAUUUUGCUUAUCCAAUUCCACAUACAACACGAUUACCAAAAAAAGAAGAAGAAAAUGCUAAUAAUGAAUAUCUUGAAUAUGGUACACAUGAUGAUGCUAUGUAUGGAACAAAACUUGAAACAAUACGUAACAUUAAUCGACAAGGUCUUAUGGCUAUACUUGAUGUUGAACCACAAGCAUUAAAAGUUUUACGUACAGCUGAAUUUGCGCCAUAUGUUGUUUUUAUUGCUGCACCAGAUCUUUCACAAAUUAAAGGUGUUAAUGAUGAUAGUUUAGAAAGAUUAGUAAAAGAAAGUGAACUUCUUCAACAAGCUUAUGGACAUUAUUUUGAUCUUGUUAUUGUUAAUAAUGAUAUUGAAGAAACAAUACGAACAUUACAACAUGCUAUUGAACGAGUCAGUCUACAACCUCAAUGGGUACCUGUUAGUUGGGUGUAUUAA